GGGAUGGUAUUAUUGUUCCAUUUGUAUUCACCACUGAUCAUCCGCUGCUUAGUGAAUCUGAAUGGAGAAAAAGGAAUGCCAACGCUCUAAAUGCAAUUAAGAUUUCAUGUGGACCAGAAAGCUUUGUUCGUAUAAGAUGAAUGUGGCAAUGGCAAGUAUGAUUGUCCCCGAACUUCUGGAAAGAGGCAACUAUAAGAGAUGGAGUAUCUUCAUGAAAAACUACUUAGUUUCUCAAGAUCUUUGGGUGGUUACUCAACGCUUCCUCAAUCCUUUUGGAAUUUCGAAAGGGGAGUGGAGAAGAAAGGGAGCUGCCGCUCUGCAUGCAAUUCAGAUUUCAUGCGGAGCAGAAAAAUUUAAUCGGAUAAAGAAUUUGUAUUACGCAAUAGAAGCUUGGCAUGAGUUGAAAAGACUAAACGUUAAAGAGAAAUCAAAAAUAGAUAAUUCAGAAGAAGACAAAGAAAAAGAGGAAGAAGAAGAAGAAGAAGAAGAUGAUGAUGAUGAUGAUGAUGAUGAUGAUGAUGAUGAUGAUGAUGAUGUAGAAACUUCAAAGAUUACUGUUGCGAAUACGAUUGUCCCUGAACUUCUAGAAAGUGACAACUAUGAGAGGUGGAGCUUUUACAUGAAAAUCUAUUUAGUUUCUCAGGAUCUUUGGGAUGUUGUUACACUGAUUUUACCUGAUUCUGGACUUUAUACAAAGGAAUGGAUUAAAAAAGAUGCUUCCGCUCUGCAUGCAAUUCAAAUUUCAUGUGGAGCAAGCAAAUUGAGGGAGAUAAGUUCUGCUAAUUCCGCCAAAAAGGCUUGGAAUACUUUGCAUCAGUCAGCCGUCAAAAAAGAGUGUUGGCGAAUAGAUGAUGAUAAGCGUGAUAUUGCUGCUUGUUUUCCAUGGCCAGGUCUGCCACCUCUUUCUCUCUCUCAUCCUUUGAUUUUCGCGGCUAUGUUUUGGUUUCUACGUAGCUCUAGGCUUGCUUAUAUUAGCCAUUAAAGAAAGAGAUAUACCCUUUUUCGCAAAAUAUUACUGUAGUUAUUUUUUUAUUUUCUUUUAAUAUUAGAAAUAAUUUAUAUUUUUAUUU